AUGCAAUGGAGACUAGAAGAGAGUCUAAUGGAACAGGGAAGGGAGUUCCAUAGGAACGGCGCAGCCCUAGAGAUCUUAAAGCCUCAUCCAAAAGUAAUUUCCUAUUAAUUGCUAACCCUGUCUAAUAAAUAAUUUACUGGUUCCAAUCUAAUUUGAGAACACGUUCACCACUACCUUGUCCUAUUUAUCGUAGAUAUUCAAUAUCCAUUAAUCAAUAUUGGAAACUACACCCUAGCGGCCAGAUUCUCUUAGCAGAAUAAAGGUUCACACUGCUUACUGAAUAGAAAUUUUCCAAUAGACGUCAGUGGAGGAACUGCUAUUCAGUAAGUGUAAGAACCACUCACCAGAUGUUCCUCAAAAUGUCAAAUAAUGCCUACCAGUGCUUUCAUAAUGAGUCCACACAUUUACUAAUUCACUCUUCUUAUGCCAAAAAACAUGCCAUCUGCCAUAGCUUUUUCCAAGAGAACCUAUGCCUCUAUGAACCAGAUUCUAACUGAAUACCAGUUAUCCCAUUUGUUUUUAUAGAAAAGCUGCUAACCAAUCACAAGAGAUACAGUAAAUGUAGUUUAUCUAAUAGAAUAAAACCCUGUAGGGAACAAAAAAAGAUUUUAAAAAUGAUGAUUAGAUCAGAUUUAGCCAUGAUCCAUACAUUCUAUUCAUCCAAUUUUAUUUUGAUGCUAUAUUGCAUAGCUGUGUUGCUUAUUCUCGAACAUGUUCAUUGCCAUUGCAUUAUUAUUUUUAUGAUACAUGUUUAUGUUUCUAUACUAUGCUACUAUUUCUUGCAAGUACACAUACUAUUCACAUAGUGUAUUUGUCUUAUCAGUUCAUAUCCCUCGUUUUAACAUUCUGGGGGCUUGUUUUACUGUAUAUUAUUAAUGGUGUACUGUGUAUUGUGGUAGAUUACAAUGUUAUAUUAAACAUUUCUAUAAUGACAUUUACUUUAAAAAAUCUCUGCCGAUAGAUUGUUAGACUGUGGAAUCAUUUUAGUGCGCCCCAAAAACCAUGACCAUCAUUGGAAACAUUAUAUGUAAAGUUACAUUCAUUCUGUUCCAUAUUUCAUAUCCAAAUGCCUGAAUAGAGAGCAGCUUGCUAAGAGUAAAAUAAAUUAAACAAAUGUAUCCAAACAAAAUCCAGGGCCAGUUGCAUUUGUUUGAUUUAUUGCACUACAGCCUUGGCGGCCACGCUUUGUUCUUCUGUAUUUGAUACAGAGCCUAGAAGCAGUCUGUUAUCGGAGCACCUUUACAAGUGAACUUAUUUAGAAAUGAAUACUGAAACCAGGGCAGCAUUGAAUAUAGACCCAUUGGUAGAUAGAUAGUCAGACAGACAGACAUGCAGACAGAAAAGCAGACUGAUCAAUCGACGACUGAUAGACAGAUUGAUAGAUGGUAAUAGAGAAGGUGGCUGGAUGGAUUAUAGAUAGACCUACAAAAAAAGAGAUGAAUAGACAAGCAGAUAGGGCUAGAGGCGGACAGACAGAGAGAUAGCCAGACUGGUAGACAAACAGUCAGACUAAUUGACAGGCAAACAGGCUGUUCGGUCCGCCCCCUAUUCGUCAUCAUUGUGUAAACUUUGACCCUGUACCUCACAGUCAGCAGACACAUUCCAGCCAAUCAGCAGUAGACCCUCCCUCCCAGAGCCUCCCACCUCCUGGACAGCUCACUAAGAAUGCAGCUUCACAAUGAAUUUAAAAUGGAUGCUGUCCAGGAGGUGGGAGGGUCUGGGAGGCAGGGUCUGCUGCUGGAAUGUGUCUGCUGACUGUGAGGUACAGGGUCAAAGUUUACUCAAUGAUGACAUAGGGGGUGGACCGAACAGCGCAUAUGUUCGCCGUCCGUGGCGAACCGUUCGGCGAACCGUUCGGGACAUCACUAUAGAUAGACCAAUAGAACAGGUGAUUAUCAAGGGGCAGAUAUAUAGACAGACAGAGAGAUAGAGAGAUAUAUAUGUAGAUAGAUAUAUAGAUAGAUAGAUAGAAAGAUAGAUAUAUAGAUAGAUAGAUAGAUAGAAAUUGACCAGCCCAAGUAAAAAGCCAGACAAAUGGGCAAAUAGAUAGAGAGGGUUGCAUGACACCACAGGUCAGAGUUUGCAUGUAAUAGUGACAAAAUCCUUUGAGAAUUUCAUUUGCAUAAUUUUAGGACAUCUCUAGCAUCUAUAUUUUUUAAUGUUUAAUGCUUUUUGACGGAAAACAUGUAUCUAGCAGCGUUAGACACGUGUGCAUUUUGAGUUCUUCAUCUUUUCAGGGCAUUUAUUAAUAUUCAAAUACAGGAUUGUUUGCCAGAAAAUAAGCUUCCCUGUGGCACUGAAUGGAUACAGUUACUAUAACCCGCUGUAUACCACCAUCCCCUAUUCUUUACCUCGUAUAAUGUUGUCACUGUUAACUCUGGUAUAUACUUUACAUCUAAGAAUGGGAAUACCUGUGCGCUUCAAUUAAGCCAUGCUGAUUCUUUCUCUCCCAGUUCAUUAACUAUCUAAAAAAAGAUAUCUUAUUUACCACGUGUGUUUCUUGUCUGCUCUUAGUCACAAUUUUCAGAUUUAAAGAAAAUGUAUAGCUUUGAUGCCCUUUACCACUCUUACUGCUUCCUGGCUAGCGAGGUUGCGAAUUACCAAUAUUUGUAAUAUAUUUUAUAGCACUUCAUAGCACUCUUUUUGAGCAAUUAAAAAUUGCAGCCAACUUGUCAUAAUUUUUGCAAGUUUUUGGUAAUAUAUAUAUAUAUAUAUAUAUAUAUAUAUAUAUAUAUCACCAAAUGCCUUUUAACUACUGGUUUACUAGCAUCAGGUCACAUGUGGACACUAGGACACGUGAACCAACUUUUUGAGAGAGUCUGGUUAUUAGCUAUCAGGGCCUACUUGUACCUGUAGUAGUAUCAGGGUUAUACUAUUCAUGAAUUUCCAUCAGGAGACCUCCCAUCUCAAGCCAUUUUGAUAUGUGUAAUUGCAAUCUUUAGAAUUUUAAGGAGUGAUAAUGAAAGGUAGCAAUGAGCAGAUUGUUUUCAUUAUUCACUGCUUUUUACAGGUGUAGUUUGCUAUUAUAAUUUAUGAAUUAUUAUAUGGCAUUAUGAGUAUUAUAUGGCUUGCAGCCAUUUUGAUUUUGUGCCAUGCAAACUUUUGUUAGAAAUGAAUAAACCUGUAGAAUAAAGUAACUUGGAGCAGCCAUUUUGAAUGCUUACAGCCUUCAUCAUGAAUAGAUUUUUUACCAUUAUUAAUGAAGAAAUUGCAUCAUGGAAUAUCCCGUACGAUUCUAGGAACAUUAACAGUUUGAGCCACCACCUUUAUUCUUCACAUAGGGAUGGCUAAUGGGGCCAAACAAAUAUGGUUUUGGAGCUCCUGCUUAAAUGCUAAUUCUUCUUGACCUCUCUGCUGCCUUUGACACUGUUGAUCAUGCUCUCCUUCUUCAAACUCUUGAAUCACUCGGUCUCUGUGACUUUGUCCUUUCAUGGUUUUCCUCUUAUCUCUCCCAAUGCUCAUUCAGUUUCUCCUUUUCUAAUGAUACCUCCUCCCCUUGUUCUGUCUCAAUUGGAGUCCCUCAAGGCCCCCUUCUAUUUUCUCUUCAUACUGCCUCUCUUAGCAAACUUAUCACCUCAUUUGGAUUCCACUACCACCUGUAUGCUGAUGACACCCAGAUAUAUAUCUUUUCCUUGAACCUCUCCCCUGCUGUCCUGCAACAUGUCACUGCUUGCAUUUCUUCCAUCUCUGACUGGAUGUCCUCCUGUUUUCUGAAAUUCAAUCUCUCUAAAACUGAGCUCCUUGUCUUUCCUCCGCCUAAUACUGAUCCUCCUCUUGCGCUCUCCCUUCAAGUUAAGGGUAUCCACAUAAGUUCAUCCUUGCAAGCGUGCUGUCUUGGUGUCAUUCUUGAUUCUGGCCUCACCUUUGAGCCUCACAUCCAGUAUUUUGCCAAAUCCUGUAGAUUCCAUCCUAAAAACAUAGCCCACAUCUGCCCCUUUUCUACGCAAGAUGCUACCAAGGAGCUUGUCCAUGCUUUAGUAAUUUCCUGCAUGGAUUAUUGUAACCCUCUCCUAAUUGGUCUUCCCAAAAGCUGUAUUGCCCAGUCUGUAAUGCAUGCUGCCGCCAGACUGAUUUUCCUCUCUAGUUUGUCCUCUCACACCUCACUCCUCUGUCAGUCCUUACAUUGGCUUCCUGUAUACUAUAGGAGUCAAUUCAAAGUGCUAACCCAUAGCUAUAAAGGACUGAACAAUUCUAGGGCCUCUUAUAUCUCUUCACAGAUCCAUAGGUAUGCCCCUUCUUGGUCUUUCGGCUCUGCCCGUGACUUUCUCCUGUCCGCUGCUCGCAUCCGUACAGCCAACUCACGCUUGCAGGACUUCUCGCGGGUCGCUCCCUUCCUAUGGAAUAGCCUGCCUACCACCAUCAGACUCUCCCCUAGUCUUCAAUUGUUUAAGAAGUGCCUUAAAACCCAUCUCUUUAGAAAUGAUUUAAAAAAAAAAAACCAUCUCUUUAGGAAAGCUUAUGGCCUCCAAGAGUAACCUCUACCUCUCCUAAAGGGCAGCACUUUACUCUCUCCUCCAGCUCUGCUUCACUCCCACCUUAUUUGAUUGCUAUUUCAUGUCCUAGUGUGUUUCAUACCCCACCUCCUAUAGACUGUAAGCUCGUUUGAGCAGGGUCCUCUUCAUACUAUCGUUCCUGUAAGUUUUCUUGUAAUUGUCCUAUUUAUAGUUAAAUCCCCCCUCUCAUAAUAUUGUAAAGCCCUACAGAAUGGUGCUAUAUAAAUGACAAAAAUAAUAAUAAUAAUAAUAAUAUAUCUGUAAUAUGUAUAUAUAUAUAAAUAUAUAUAUAUAUAUAUAUAUAUAUAUAUAUAUAUAUAUAUAUAUAUAUAUAUAUAUAUAUAUAUAUAUAUAUAUAUAUACAUAUAUAUAUAUAUAUAUAAUAUAUAUAACUAUAUAUAUUGUAUAUAUAUAUUAUUAUAAAAAAUAAAUAAUUAAAAAUAAAUAAAAAUAUUUUAAAAAUUUUUUGAUAUAUAUAUAUACAUAUAUAUUUGUAUUUUGUAACUGUAACUAACUGUAUUUUGAUAUCAAUAUAUAUAUGUAUAUGUAUAUAUAUUUAUAUCAAAAUACAUUUAGAAUGAACAGAUAUAUAUAUAUAUAUAUAUAUAUAUAUAUAUAUAUAUAUAUAUAUAUGUAUAUAUAAAUAAAUAAGAAUAAUAAGAAAUAUACAUAUGUCCAUAUACAUAAUUUCAUAAAUAUACACGUAGACUUCAAACAUAUAAAUAUGUAUAUAAAUAUUUAAAUUCUACAUGCAUAUUUAUGUAAUAUUUUGACACAAUUAAGUAAUUUGUAUAAAUUGCAAUUUGGGGGACCUGACUACCCAGGCGGAAAGUCCAGAAAAAUUAAUUUGCUAGCACUAUAUUUAACCCUGUAACUUUCCAAGACACCCUAAAACCUGUACACGGGGGGGGGGGGUACUGUUUUACUUGGUAGACUUCGCUGAAUACAAAUAUUAGUGUUUCAAACCAGUUAAACAUAUCACAGCGAUGAUAUUGUGACGUGUUUUGCAUUUUUUUAACACCCAAACAGCACUUUCACUGAUGAUAUCAUUGUUGUAAUACACUUUACUGUUUUGAAACACUAAUAUUUGUUUUCAGAAAAGUCUCCUGGAUAUAACAGUAUCCACCAUUUACAGGUUUUAUAGUGUUUUUGAAAGUUGAAAGCCAAUCAACAAGCGUUUGACUCGUGUGCCCUCAGAAGCCAUCACAGCCAUGCCUACUAAUGGCAUGGCUGUGAUUGGCCAGUGCAGCAUGUGACCCAGCCUCUAUAUAAGCUGGUUACUUAGUAUUAUUAAAUUAUGCCCCUACUCGCUAUACCGCGAGUAGCGGCAUGUCUAUUAAAAAAAAAAAAACAUUCCCCCUACUGGGGGGGGCUUUUAAACUAAAGGGAGACCUGAGCGGCGGGUUGGGGCCCUAAAUAACAAUAAGGGGGGGACCUAAUGUCCUCCCCCCGAUACCCACCCUUGAGUGGUGGGUGGGGGCCAUAAAUAAGAAUUUGGGGGAAACCUACUGUCCUCCUAAAUAACAAUAAGGGAGGACCUACUGUUCUCCCCCCCGGCCCCCACCCCUGAGCGGUGGGUGGGGGCCAUAAAUAAAAAUUGGGGAGUGGACCUAAUGUCCUCCCCCCCCGGCCUUCACCCCUGAGCGGUGGGUGGGGGCCAUAAAUAAAAAUUGGGGGGGGACCUAACGUCCUCCCCCCUGGCCCCCACCCCUGAGAAGUGGGUUGGGGCCAUAAAUAAGAAUUUAGGGGGGGACCUACUGUCCUCCCCCCGGGCCCCAACCCCUGUGCGGCAGGUGGGGGCCCUAAAAAACAAUAAGGGGGGACCUACUGUCCUUCCCCCACUGGCCCCACCCUGAGCGGUGGGGGCCAUAAAUAAAAAUGUACCCACCCAGGUGACUAGGGGUCUUUAAAUGGUAUAUAAUACAUAAUAUUGUACAGUAAAUGAGUAAGAGGAAAAUUAGUUAAACACAAACACCGCAGAAAUGUAAAAACAGCCCUGGUCACAAACAGUAAGAAAAUUGAAAAGCUGCCUGGUCACUUAGGGAUUAAUAAACACACAUAGACAACACAUGGCAGUUUCUGCCUUUGUUUAAAUUCCCUCAAAACCUGACAGUUCUCACCAAAAUAUUUGCAAAUCAUUUUUAUUCAGUUUUGGAAACUGAGCAAUGGCAGACAUGUAUUUGUAAUUCAGAAACUUGCAAAUAACAUACAAGGAGAGAUAAAUAAGAUGUGUUAAGGAACUGCUCAGGAAUUAAUUCUAGGCAUGCUUACAUUUAAGAAUAAUUCAGUCUGCUGUAGUAAUGACUCUGUUACUGUAAACUGUAAUUCAAAUUCAAGCAACCAAAUUUCUAAUAGUUUUCUGUUUUCUUAUUCAAAUGUUGGGCAUAUAGCUGGUGGCAAAUUACAACUUCAAGAAUGUUUAGUAGCCAAAAACAUAGUAAGCAUAUGGCAAAGGCUAAACAAGAAAUAGUUCGCUUUAGAGGCAGUGCAAAUAGACAAGAAACUUAUAUGGUGAACCUCACAACACCACAAAAAUAUGAACAACACACACUUAUACAAAGUAUAAGAAAAACAAGCUCCAAAAGAUAAAUUGUUAAAAAAAACACCAGCCAAUCAGCCAAUAUAUGCCAAUCUAAUAUCAUAAAUGAGACAUAGAAGUAUAUAGGCUUGUCUGCCCAAAAGGGGUUGAAUCCAUAUGAGCUGUGCUUCAAUCUGUGGCUGUAUUAAAAUUGCACUUACAAGAAGGCAGUAUAUCCAAGCAUAUCUCCACCUGAGGUGGACCUUGAGAUGAUCAAGAUGAGAACAACUACCAUUAAAAACCAAAAUAGUAAAAUUACAAACUGAGACAUUCAAAGUAAUAAUGUCCCAAAAUAAAUCCAACGCGUUUCGUACAAAGCGUGGACUUCCUAAGGGAUUUGGGACACUGUAGCACUUUUUGGUUUAUGUAUGGCUUUUAAUUUCAGACCUGUGAUCAGCUGGCGGUUGGAUGUAUUCCACCGUGGAACGGACUAUUCACUUCUUGUAAUAUGAGGUAAUUUCUGGCAUCCUGAUCUGGCUAUAUCCGUCGGAGUAAAGUUCAUGCAUGUGUAUGUGCGAAUCAAGUUGCACAUGCGUACUGCAUCCUUUCGGCUUAAAAAUGAAUAACAUUGAUUCACACAAAUACAUACGAAAUCUGUUAUAUAUGAAAUCGCAUAUACGUACUGUGUGCUUUUGGAUUCAAACGAACAAAACUAAAACACACGAAUACAUAUGAAAUCUCAUGGAUGGAUUAGUAACAAGCAUCCUGUUCAUUCAUUUUUCAUUAUUCAUGACUUAUAAUGAACUUUAAGAAAGCCUGUACAGGCUUUUUUGUUAUUCUGUCUCUCACUGUUAAAAUGCACCUACCAUUAAAAUUAUAGACCGAUCAUUUAUUUUUCAAUAGGCAAACGUUCAAAAUCAGCAGGGGAUCAAACACUUUUUUCCCUCACUGUAUAUAAUGUUAAAACUAGAUAAACUGUGCAAAUGUAAAACUUGGGGCUCGCUGAGCACCAUAACCACCAUAGCACACUGUAGCACCAUGCGGUUAUGGUUCCAGGAGUAUCCUAACAUUGUGCAGUGGUUUUUCAAAUGUUUUGACAAUUACAUGACAUGGGAGGGAGCUUCUAGCACCAUAACUACUGCAGUGCUGUGUAGUGGUAGAGGUUUGUAAAGUGCCCUUCCAGGCAGCAAUAGUCAAAGCUGCCCAGAGAGAUGAUUUUUCUCUGUGAUGUUCUAGGUUAACAAUGGGAGAUGUUGAUCUGUAUACUUUCUGGUAUCAAUAACCGUAGAGUAGAGAAAACAAGUUCAUGUAUUUUUACCCCAAUUCUAGACUUCUUCAGAAGGCCCAGGACUGACACUUAUAAAUGUAAUAUUGUAUCAGCAACGCAAACAAAUAUAUGUUGAUUCUUUUUCACAUCCAAGAAACCUCUUGCAUUUACAGGACCAUGCUGACAUUGAAUGGAAAUUUGCUAGAACAAAGCUAUGGAUGAGUUACUUCGACGAAGGCGGGACCUUGCCACCUCCUUUUAAUAUCGUUGUUAGCCCAAAAUCCAUCUGGUACUUUUGCAAGUGGAUCCACUCUCAGCUGUGUCCUGGCAAAAACUGUGAAGAUAUACAGAAGCAACACGAGAAUCUCAAAACCUUCACCGUAAGAAGCAAUCACUUUUUAAAUAACAAUUCUUUAUUAAUAAUGUACUAAUCUCUAACUGUUUUACAAGCCUACAUGGCUUUUAGCUGCAAAUUCCAUGUUCUAUGUCUUACCAUCCCCUUUCUCUUCACGGCCACCAGGGGACCUCUUGAAACAUUUACAUGGUGACUAAAUUGGUGAAAGCUUAAUUCAUGUAUGCAUUUUUAAUUACAGGAACGACACGCUGACAACCUGAUUCAGAAUCAGCAUUAUCAGGUAACCUCUGCUCUAUUACAUCGUUACAAUGCUGUUUUUUUCCGCAGUACUUGAUUAAAACAUUUGUGACAAGUAAGAUUAGAUCGUCCAUUACAGUACAGUCUGUUGGACACUGUAUGCUCCCUACUCUGAAUAAAACAUGCGUUGCUUUUACAGCAAAUGUCGGUAAGUAAUUUUUUUCUGGCCCGCUGCCUGUAGAGCAGGUUCAUGUGAUUCAAGCCUUGCAUUCAGUAAAACAAUUGUUUAUUCUGUGAAAGAGGUGACGAGACGCAUUGGGACAACAUUUUGACAAUCUGAACUACGAAGCCAACAAUCUGUAUUUAGUGUCGGCUACAAAGGUAGACAAAAAGAUUUUAAAUAAAGUUCAACAAACUGCUGAGAUUUUACUAGAUAAAAUGCAUCAAAUGUUAGGUCCUAGUUUAAAUAUAGUUUGAAAAAAUUAUUUUUGCAAUAAAAAAAUAAGGUAUUAAAUUCUAAUAAAAAAGAAAAACAAAAAAAGACUAAAGUUCUAUUGCCUUAUGGAUGAAAAAUUAAAUAAAUAUGUAAGAUCAAAAGGAAUUCAAAAUUAAUUUUAAAAAUAUUUAUAACAGGUGUGAAUAACGUAUUGUUUCAUGUGAGUAAUUGAGUGAUCUGCUUUUUUACAUAAUUAUGGAACAUAAAGUCAUGGUUUUCAUUUUAAUAUCUUAGCUGCAUUGGGACACAGCUUAGUACAUAUAUGUUCAAGGAUUUGGAAGAAUAAAACAUUACAGGAAUUCCUUAAACUUUUACUAUGUAUAUUCUCCGGAUCUUAUUAAACAUAUUGUAAUAUGAUUGUAUUUAAUGUAAGAGAUUUCUUUAAAUCAUAUAGGCCAUUUCUAUGUUAUGUCUGAUGCUUCCUGUUUUAGAAAGACUACAACUCCCAUAUUGCAUAGCAGAGGCCAUUUCACCGAAAAUCGACAUGACUAAUGACAACAAAUUAUUAAAAAAUGUUCUGUGUUCUCUGAUGUCUUAGGAGGUUAUCAGAAAUCUGGUGAAAAGAUAUGUUGCAGCAAUGAUCAGAAAUUCAAAAACCAAUGAAGGUCUAACAGAAGAAAAUUUUAAGGUAAUGGCAGAACCAAAUGAUUGCCAAAUCCAUUUUAAGCAUGUGCACUAUAUGUAAGAUUAUAUCUCCGGAUUGUAUAUUGAAUUGACCCAUUCUUAACAGAGGAUGUCCCAAGCAGCCAGGGGUACUAAGGAGAUGUGAGGAGUGAAGGGUAAUAUGAGCAGAGGCUGGAAUUGUAAAAGGAGAGAAUUUGGAACUGUGGUGUUUCAGGGAAAUACAUAUGGGGCUGGUUUGUAAGAAGAGAGAGACAUAUGAGACAAGGAUGGGACAUAAAAAGUUGUAAAUAUGAGGGGAGAAUGAGUAAAGAUAUGGAUGUGUGAGAGACAAUGAGCUUCUGCAUGUAUGUCUGUGUACACAGUUACAUGGAUGAGUAUGUCUGCGCGUAUAAGGGAAAUGUGUGUGUGUGUCUGUGUGUCUGUGUGUAUGUAUGUAUCUAUCGAUCUUUCUAGGUAAAUAGAUAAAAAGUGGUAACCAGUAUAAUCAAUGAAAUGGGCAGCUACAUACAAAAAAGCGACUAGGCAAAUAAAAUCUUAAAUUCAAAGUAUGUAGUAUGUGCGCUGCAAAGAUGUAGGUGGGUAAAAGAAACAAAUAAUGUUCCUAUAAAUAAAAAAAUAUAUAUAUAUAAUAAUGUACCUAAUUCUUGUACUUGUUAGUAACAUAAACUUCCCAAAUGGGGAAAAAACAGCAAUGGUUUCAAUUUAAACAGAAGCAGCCUGUUGCAGCCCAGAGUGAAAAGUUUACGAUAAGCCAAGAAAAAUGAGUAACUAAAUGCUGCAAAAAUAAGCAGAACCUCUCUCUGACAGGUCUAUUGCUAAAACAAGAAAACCGUAAACAAUAUAAAUACUUAAAGGAUCACUAUAGUGUCAGGAAAACAAACUUGUUUUCCUGAGACUAUAGCAUCCUUAGGACCCCCCCCCCCCACCCUCCACCCUCAGGGUCCCCCUCCCUUGGCGCUGAAGAGGUUAAAACUCCUUCAGUUACUUACUUUAAUCCAGCGCCUGGCUCCCUCGGCACUGGUGACCUCUCCUCCCCCGCCGACGUCAGCUCCCGAGUGGAGCGGAAUGCGCAUGCGCGGCAAGAGCCGCACGCGCAUUCAAACAAUCCAUAGGAAAGCAUUUCUCAAUGCUUUCCUAUGGACGCUCUGCACGAUGGAUGCGAAUUUCGCAUCCAGCAUCGCAGAAGUGCCUCUAGCGGCUGUCAGGAAGACCACCACUAGAGGUUGGAUUAACUCAGCAAUGUAAACAUAGCAGUUUUAUUGAAACUGCUAUGUUUACAUCUGAAGGGUUAAAAUCUGGGGGACCUGGAAUCCAGACCACUUCAUUGAGCUGCAGUCGUCUGGGUGACUACAGUGUCCUUUUAAAUCUGUACUCCUCUAUUAGAGGAAAAAAUACAUAAGAAUCAGAUAUACAUAAAAUACAUAAUACUAUUAGAAAAGCAUUAAAAAAUCAUAAAAAAUGUGUGCCAUAUAAUCAAGUGUUAGUGUCACAACGAAAUUCCACUGACACACUAAAUAUUAAAGUACCUCACCUUGGGAGGGAGUUACUUGGAGGUAAUUUCCCUUUGCCAGGCAACAGUAUGUUCUAAUUGUAUCAGAGCUUGUUGUUCUUUUUGACUAGUCUCUGCAAACCCACUUUGAAGUAUAGUCAAGUCAGUUUAUUUAUUGUUUGUAAUUGUUUUUUAGUUGAUCACUGAAUCACUAUAACUACAGUCUGUAGCAAGUAAAGUAUUUUCCAAAAUAAAAAAAUUUAAUAAAAAUAAACUACAGUAUAUGACCAUUUCACCUGUGCCAAAGAAACAGUAAUUAAAAGGCAAAUAUAUACAAUACAUCGAAGACACAAGACACAAUCAUAGCUAUUAAAAAAUGUUGAAAAAAAGUUAAUUAACACGGCUAGAUCCUUGACUCUGACAAAUCACAUAAGAAAGUGCACUUUAUCAUUUAAGCUCUGAAUAUUGUGUCUUGCAUUUUAAUCACUACUUUGCUCAUCAGUCACAAUAACUUAUUAUUGCUCAAGUUAAGUCUCAUGGAAUAGCAUUGCUACACAUAAUCCAAACUAAACAAUACAUAUUUCAUAUUCCCACAGACUGUCCUUGAAACCAAAAUCCCUCUGUCCCUUAUUUUCUUUAAUGCUCACUCUUUUUUUCCCAGCUGAUUAUGUCACUUAAAAAUGCUUGGCAAUGCCCACCCCAAGAGUUAUCCUCUAAGUCAAAGUAUGCCUCUGAGUAUUUGAAAUUCUGAAGCUUUGAUAUCUGUUUGAAAAUGACAUGAUAUAUCAUAUAUACAGACUAACUUCAGAUCAUGAGAUAUUAAAGGAACACUUCAAACACCAUAUUCAGUACAGCAUGCCCCAUUGUAAGGAGUCAAACCAAUUUUAAAUGGUUUGACUUCUUAUAUGAGUCUGCCAGGCACCACUUGCUUCCUCAACCAUCAAGUAGAGAAAGAUUACGAUCCCACAGGACUCUAGAUAAUUAUCAGUUUCGGACUCAACAUUCUUCACAUAAUUCUGGGACCCGAUCCUCGAAGGUCAUCUUAUAGUUAAUUAUACUUUGCUACCAUCCCUAGAGUGGUAGGUCUCCUGAGCUAAGCUCAACAGUGUGGGGAUAGCUCAUUGGCGAAGAACAUUAGCAGAUGUAGGCACUUGCCCCCGAUGCUGCUCACUUUUCGCGUUAACCAUCAACUAGGAAUUUACUUAAUAAGUCGUUUCAAUUAGUGCUCUCCAAUGCAAAAGUAUGGGAGCAGCAAGUGAACAGCAAUCUACACCAUUGCUGAACAAUUGUCAGGAGUAAUUUAAAAUCCUCGCCUCUCAUUUUUUUUUUUUUUUUUAUGAUUACAUGCAACAUUGUCUGAUCUAUAGACUUAGGCUGUCAACCUACAAUACGCAACUGUUUAUUGUGUAAACCCCUAUGUGCGCCUUAAUUUUGCAAUAUUUUCCAGUUAGUAUGUGUGACAACAAUGUGACAUAUUUAGUUAUACAUGGAUACACAUAACCGCAGGGGAUAUAUUUUAUCUCCUCAUUGUUGGUCUUCUCACACCUUCAGGUUCCACAGGAAAAAGCCAUGCUGCCAGGAAACAUGCUUUAUAUUACCUUUGUUUACCCCGUAUACAUUUGUAUCUUUUCAAAAAUAUAACACCGAUCAAUAUUUUAAAAUACUUUAAGCUCUUGUGAAGUCAGUAAACUAGCAAUAAAACGCACCCUGAAAAGCAUAAGAUAACUUAUUAGUGAAUAUUAAUUAAUAUUGACUUUAUAUAUGUUUUCAUAAACACUCACAUGCUAAAUAGAAAGAUAUAGAUACGUAUACAUGUGUAUAUCACUGAUGAUGAUAUACAGACAGCCAGACAGGCAGGUAGAUAUAAAUAUAGAGUUAGACAGAUGGACAGACAGACACAGACAGAGACAGAGACAGACACAGACAGACACAGACACAGACACAGACACAGACAGAGACAGACAGACAGACAGACAGAUAGAUAGAUAGAUAGAUAGAUAGAUAGAUAGAUAGAAAUAGAUAGGUAGAUAUCAAUUAACAAGUUUUGUACUGAGACAUCUGUCUAGUACUUGAUGCAUUAUUGUGAAAUAAUAAAAAAUAUCACCCACUUUACUCCCUGCGGUUUUAAUUUAGUUAUUUAAACGUAUAAAUGAGAAAAGUACUUUGUAUACAUUCGAAAGAACAAAGGAAGAAAGGAUAUUUCUUUGAAAAUGACCCCACAUUACUAUCUAGAUAAUAAUAUUUGAUUUAAUGGUGAAAUGCUCACUAGUACUUGCUUCUAGGGAUCCUUUGAGACAUCAUGUCGUCCCUGAUGAUAUUUUCAUUGUAUGACCACAUACAGGGAAAACAGGAUUUAAAGAUUUUUCAAGCUCAAGUUUAUAUUAUUUUCCAUCCCUUUUUUUAUUUAGCAAUUCCCAGUGUGCUAUGACUUCUCUUCUUCUAUAAUAACACUUUGAGCAGCUUCUCGGGGCACUGAGAUACAAUACGUGCAAAUUAUACUGUACAUGUCGCUCUCAAGGGACUGUGGCUUAAAAAAAAUCCCUGUUAUAUCAGACGUAAUGCAUGGAGAAAAAAAUUGUGUUUUCACUGGCUUGCUAGAGUGUAUGUAUUUUUUCUAAGUCACAAAUACACAAUUAUAUAAUAAACAGCAAGUAAAUUGUUCUGAUGUCAUCCUUUUGGAUAUAAUGGCUUAGAAUUAAAAUUGUGGGAAUAACUGCGUAGUCAGAUUAAAACCACGCUCUGCUUUAAAAUGUGAUUAAAAGACUUCCCAGUGUGUGCCCUUUAACAAAUUUCCAACCACCUACCCAAGAUUUUCAAGAUUUUCAAAGAUAAGUUGCAUUUUCUAUAGAUUUAUACAGCUCUUUUGACGCAAGUCACACUUAUCCAGGCACAGAGAUUUUUGACAUUGAAAAUUGUACAUUUGAGCUAAAAAUUACAAGGAACAUUUCACAACAUAUAACCAAAAAACAUGUUGGUUACUCCCCAUACACCAUAAACAUAAAUGUAUCAGGCAAGUUUUUAGUACGUAUGAGAAGUAGAUCUCUGAAAACUGUGCAUAUUGUACUCUUUCAAUGCAGAAUUAAAAAUGAAUAACCCAAAAUUAUAUAAUUAGUAAUGAGAUAUCACCUACAUUGUAGACAAUAUUGGUAAUUCGAACAUUUAAAGAAAAAAGCCUAUCAGAGUUAUUUUAAUUAUGUUUGUCUUUGUUCUAAUGCUGCCACAUUUUCAAAGUGCAUAACCUCAGUAAUUAGAAUGUUACCAGAAUCGGUCUCAUUCCUGUGAUUGCAUCUGUCAUUUGACUACAUUAGGACUUCAAGUUUCUGCAGUCAACGGAGCAAGAAUCUUCUACCUAUGCCUUUGGCAAUACGAUAGUCAAUUUGAACUUUAUUAGUCUAUCUUAGUAAUUAUUCUCAGCAAUAAGUACUCACUCUAAAGAAACACAUAGAUAAUCCUUGCUGAACACUGCAUCUUAAAGUCUAAUGUGUGCCAAGCUUUUGAUGGUGUUAAUUUUAUUUAAUUGCAGGAGCUAAAACAGGAUAUAUCUAGCUUCCGGUAUGAAGUGCUUGACCUUCUCGGAAAUAGAAAACCACCAAGGAGGAGCUACUCAACUAGCAGUACAGAGGUAUCCCAAAAAGAUGAGGCUGCAGAAGAUCAGGGCAAGUCAAAAAGUGUCUCCUUCAGCAUUGCCAACAAAAAAAAGAAUUUCAAUGUCUCAGCCCUGAUUAAAACAAUGUCUGGGAUUGAAAUUGUGGAGGAUGCACCCAAGAGUAAUGGUAUUAAUAAGCGUUCCUUCAUCCGGAAUGGCAACAAACUACAGAGGCUUUCAAGUUCCAAGAAGGAGUCUUUCAAAAGACUUGGUCUACUUUUCUCCAAAAUGAAUGGGCAUAUGCCCGAACCAGCUUCAGAACCAGUAUACACCAUCUCUGAUGGACUUAUCCAACCACACUGUAUGUGGCAGGACGGAAAACAAACUAAAACUGAUCAAGAGACAGAGUGCUCUAGAAGUGAAAUUAACCUCAAUGAGGUGAGUCAUGAUGGGAGCAUUGGUGGACAAAUUAUUGACUCCUCUCCCAUUUGUACCAAUUCUCUACACUGUGCUUCCAACCUUUGCUCCUCUAGCGCCAAGCUGAUAGACUCUACAGAAGACGUAUUUGACUCUUGGGGCGAGGCAUGUGACCUACUCAUGAACAAGUGGAAAGAUGGACAAGAAGAGCAGGUCACAACAAGACUAUAAGUAAAUACUAUUUAAGACUGCUGUAUAAAAAUUAGCAAUCAUAUGUUUGUAACAUUUUCCUUUUACAGAGUAUUAAAAAAAGAUAGGAUUCCCUCCCUAUUCACAUGAAUGAGUGCGGAAUUCCAUUGACAGUGAUAUAUUUUGCAAUAUUUUUUUACCAUUUUUUGUUUGCUUUUUAUAACAUAGCGUAAACUAGCUACUAGUUUUUACCGUCAACCCUUCAGCAUCGGCAGGGCUCUGAAAAUAUGGCUG